AUGGAUAACUUCUCAGCUUUUCUCUCCUUCAUGGCCUUUGUUUUACUACUUAAACAAAUUUUGAUAGUUGAUGGAAUUAGUGACACAACAAAGGAUGAUGGUUUCGUAGGCAUACUAGGCGCCAUUGUAGACAACAGUUCUCGAAUUGGCAAAGAAGAGGGCAUUGCAAUGCAGAUCGCAGUGGAGGAUUUCAUUAACACAAGCAAUCAGCCUUUGGAUUUGAAGAUCAGAAACUCUCAAGGGGACCCCCUGCAGGCAGCUCUUGCAGCCAGAAGUCUUAUCAGUACGGAUCAAGUGCAAGCAAUUCUUGGUCCACAAACAUGGGAAGAGGUGUCGUUAGUCGCUGAGAUUGGAAGUAAGAGUCACAUUCCUAUUAUGUCUUUAGCUGAUGCAACUCCAGUGUGGGCAACAGAACUGUGCACCUUUCUAGUUCAAGCUUCACCAAACAAGUUAAAGCAAAUGGAAGCAAUAGCAGCUAUAGUUCAAAGGUGGGAGUGGCGUCAAGUCACCAUAAUCUAUGAAGACAAAGACUUUUCAGCCCCAGCAGUGCUAAGCCAUCUAUCUGAUGCUCUCCAAGAAGUAGGUGCAGAAAUUAGCCAUUAUUUAGCCAUCCUGCCUUUUGCUUCUUCAUCAUUGUCAGAGGAACUUCAGAGGCUUAAGAGCAGCCAAUUUAGAGUGUUUGUCGUCCACUUGUCAUUGCCGGUUGCAGUUGAGCUAUUUGAGAAGGCAAAAAUAAUGAACAUGAUGGAAAAGGAUUACGUAUGGAUCAUUAUAGAUCCUUUUGCAAGCCUUGUCCAUUCCUUCAAUGCCUCUACCAUCUCCUCAAUGCAAGGAGUUGUUGGAGUAAAGAGCUACCUCCCUGAAAAUGAGUCCCAUUUUCAGGAUUUUCGCUAUAAAUUUCGCCAGCGGUUUAGCUCAGAGCAUCCUGAGGAGGUCAACCAUGAACCAAGCAUUUUUGCAGCACAGGCUUAUGAUUUAACAUGGACAGUGGCCCUUGCAAUGAGCAAGAAGCGGCAGGGAAGGCAGCAAAUUAUAUCAAACAUUUUGCAAAGUGAUGUUGAUGGCUUAAGCGGGAAGAUUAAUUUUACUGACCAAACAAUAGCUCCAGCACAUACAUUUCAGAUCAUCAAUAUGAAGGGAGAGAGCUACAAAGAACUUGGUUUCUGGUCAGAUGGACGAGGUUUCUCAGAGACAAUUGGUGAAAGUGAUACAUUUAAAUCUUCCAUGAACGCUUUGGGGCAAGUUUUUUGGCCAGGGGGGAUUCAGGGUACCCCGAAAGGAUGGAGUCCACCAACAAGUGCCAAUCCACUUAAAAUUGGUGUUCCAACCAGAGCAUCUUUCAAACAAUAUGUAGAAGUGGAAAUGGAAAAAGAUCACUUGGGAAAUAACAUCUCUUUCUCUUAUAAAGGACUUGCAAUUGAUGUCUUUAAAGCCACUCUAGAAGAAUUGCCAUUUGAUUUGCUAUACAAUUUUUUUCCCUUCAAUGGCACAUUUGAUGCUUUAGUGGAGCAAAUUCAUUUAAAGAACUUUGAUGCCGCAGUUGGUAGUAUAUCGAUACUAGCCAACCGAUAUCAGCAUGCAGAAUUCACAGCACCUUACACUGAAUGCGGACUGGUAAUGGUAGUACCCGUUCGUUCAAGAACACGAGAGAAAGCAUGGUUAUUCAUAAAGCCCUUCACAAACGCCAUGUGGGUUUUAAUAGGAGCCACAAGUAUCUACAAUGGCUUUGUUAUAUGGUUGAUAGAGAGAAACCACUGCCCUGAAUUCAAAGGCUCCAUCUCAAAUCAAGUAGGAACCUUGAUUUGGUUAGCCUUCAGCACUCUUUUCUCCUUGAAUAGGAACAAGUUGAAAAGCAAUCUGUCACGGAUCACAAUGGUCGUGUGGCUGUUCAUGGCUCUAGUUAUCACGCAGACUUACACCGCUAAGCUCGCCAGCUUGCUGACUCUGCCGCAGCUUGAACCGACUGUGGUUGAUGUUUUUGCAUUGCAAAACAGCAAUGCAAUGGUUGGUUGUGCCGGAGCAUCGUAUACUUCGAAAUAUCUGGAGGAAGUUUUGCACUUCCGCCACAACAACAUCAAGAACUUCUCCAGGGCUGAUGAGUACGCUCCAGCCCUCAGAAGAAGAGAAGUUGCAGCCCUCUUUCUUGACCUUCCUUUGGCCAAAGUGUUCCUUGCAGAAAACUGCAAAAGCUUCACCAUGACUGGACCUACAUACAAAGUUGGGGGAUUUGGAUUUGCAUUUGCAAGGGGAUCUCAGUUGCUUCCUAAUGUAACUCAAGCAAUGCUGAAGGCCUCCGAAAACGGAACGGUUCGAGACCUAGAAAAAAACAUGCUUGCUUCUCAGAAGUGCAUGGACAUGGACCUAGAGGAUGACCGUCUUAGUCUUAGUCUCAACCCCAGUUACUUCUGGGUGUUGUUCCUUUUCACGGGAGGCACAUCCUCCAUGGCUCUUGCCAUCUACAUCUUUCGUGCUUAUAAUUCCAUGUCCAUGUCUGAACACAAUGUUAGCUGGAAGUUGAUGAUGUCUGUAAUGAAACACUGGGGGAAUCAAAGGGGGCGGUUCUCAAGAAAAGUGAGUGAUAUUGCUCAAACUACUCCUACAAAUUCUCCAAAUGCAACUGAGUACUGAUCUUCAAUCUGGUCAAAUGUAGUCAUUGUACAUAAAGGCCAUUGCCAUGAAAUUAAUUAAGCACAGCGGGAGUUACCCGCUAAUCGAUUAGUAAUUUAAUUCGCAUUAAUUAUCCAUUGGACUUACUUCAAUUUUAAUUCCUUGUUCAGCUAAAUACAAG